UGAAGCACAGGAAGCUCCCAACUCUGGAGAGGGAGGUGGAGCUGAGGUGUCUCCUCAGAGCUCUGCUGUGGUGCUGGAGAGAGUUCCUGAUACCAUGCCGAGAGAGAUGCUGAUGUUGCUGGUGGAGACCCUUUCUGGCCUGGAGGAAGACAACUUCUCCCUGGAGGUCAUCAGUGAGACAAACAGAGCUGUUGUGACCUUCAAUAAUCCCAAUGAUGUGGAGCAUUUCCUCACUGAGAGCAAGAGCAACAAGAGUUUCCAGAAGCAGGGUAUGAUUGGCCGGUUGCUAGAGAGGUGCCAGAGUGUGAGACUGGAGAACCUGGCCUCCAACAUACUUCAGGAUAUGCUGGAGCUCUACAUUGAGAAGUGGGCUGGCCCAGCAAAGGACAUCACUGUGUUUCGUGAGGAACAGGCAGCCAUUGUCACCUUCCAUGCACCAGAAGAUGUGCAAAAUACUCUAAAUGAACGUCUUGUAAUUGGCAAAGUCCCAGUCAACGUGUAUCCAUACUACGAGUCCUUAGGAACUGCCUUGUAUGGAAAGGAGAGGCCAAUGUGGAAGAUGCCUGACCCUUUCAUAGAGUGUGUGCAUUCUGCCGUAUGGAAAUUCCUCUCCACGAAGAGACAGUUUUCCCGCAUCACUGACCAGAUGAAGGUCCACUUCUGUCAAGUAGACAUGGAUACUCCUGAGGUUAAACUCAGUCCUUUGCCAACCCUGCUAAGGCAGAAAGGACUAACAAGCAAACAUGUAGAUGGAUGGAAGCAGAAUGCCUUGAUCGUCUUCCGUGACAUAAUGGCCAAAUUUGCUGUGUUUGAGUGUUUUGUAAGUGCCCCAGCAUGGAAGGCAGUCGAGAAAGAAGUCCGCUCGGUGGUGAAAGAGGAUGCUGUCCUAGCUAUGGAUGCCUCCAAAGGGUCUCUGACAGUUGCAAGUCUGGCCGAAGACACAAAGCGACUCCGGGGGCUGGUGGAAGACCUCAUGCAGAGGGCCAUGAGUCGGAUAGAGAGGCAGAGGGACGGCAUCUCGGAGGAGCUGGACGUGUCCCCUGCCAUGUUCUAUAUCCUGCAGCAGGAAGGACUUCGGAAGCGCGCAGCAGACGAAGCCCCAGAGAUGGGUUUUUCCUACACAGACGACACCAAGAAGUUGGUUCUCUCAGGUCUUGUUGCAGAGGUGUACAAGGUGAAGAACUGGAUCCUGGAGAGGGAACUCAAGAUGAAUAAGAAGCAGCUGAAGCUGGACCCUUACCUCCUGGACUUCCUGCGGUCAGUGGACAGUAUGGAGAUGUCCCAGGACAUCUUCACGUCCCGGGGCAUCAGUGCUGAGUACAGAGUGGAGGGUGGAGAGGUACUUCUGACUGGUAGCUCAGACAGAGCCUUGGCUGAUGCAGAGCAGAGGGUAAAGACUGCCCUGUCCCUGCAGAGCCUUAAGGUGGAGGACCAGGAGGUGCUGAGAAAGCCUGAGUGGAAGGAUCUGAACAACAAGCUGAUGGAUGCCUACAACUCCCUAAAGAAAAGAACGGUGGUAAUAAAGCAUUACCCAGAGAACAGAGACAGAAUCAUUGUGUCUGGCUUCCUGGACCCGGUCAGAGAGGUCAGCAACAGUCUACGGGUCUUUGUUGAAAACUACUCACGAGUCGAAGAGGCUGUCCGUCUCAAGUCCUGUGCCGUUGUUAAAUUCAUCCUGGAGUACAAAUCUAAGGACUGGAAACAUUUUGCCAAGCGUGAUGAGCUGCAUAUCCACUUUGACCCCAGAAGGCCCAAAAUUGUCCUUUCUGGAGCCCGUCUCUACGUCAAGAAGGCCAAGGGGUCAUUUCAGAAGAUGGUAGCAGCCUACUGCACUGAUGAGCUCACCAUCAUGAAGCCUGGAGCAAGGAAGUACUUCCAAGAGAAGGGAAGCAUGUUUCUUUCUAUGGCGAUGAAGGAGUACGGCUGUGUGGUGCUGCUGCAGGAAGACUACAUGCUGGAGGAAGAAGAGGGCGAUGAUGAAGAUGAUGAGGAAGGGUUUGGCCCGUCAUCCUGCUAUGAGGUGAGGACACCCAAUGGAAUCCUGGUCUCCGUCAGUAAGGCUGACAUCUGCAAGUUCAAAGUGGACGCAGUAGUCAACGCAGCCAAUGAAGACCUGCAGCAUAUUGGAGGCCUGGCUUUAGCAUUACUCAAGGCUGCUGGUCCACGGCUGCAGGAGCUCAGUGAUCAACAUGUUCGUAAUAACCGCCGACUGCAACCAGGAGACGCCAUUGUGACAGAUGCAGGCAAUCUGCCCUGUAAGUAUGUGAUCCAUGCAGUUGGUCCACGGUUCACAGACUUUGACCAGCGAACAGCCAUACAGCGUCUGAAACAAGCUGUGAAUGAGAGCCUGAGGGAGGCUGCGAAGGUUAACUGCUCAACUGUUGCCGUCCCGGCCGUCAGCUCUGGGAUAUUUGGCUUUCCUCUGGACCUGUGCACUGAGACCAUUGCUGUGGCAGUGCGUGACUACUGUGAGAACCUAAGGGGUCAGACCUCUCUGACUGAGAUUCACCUGGUGGACAACAAUGACAACAUUGUGAGAGCCCUGGCCAGCGCUGUCCAGAAAACGUUCAAUGACCUGCACCCAAAAAUAACCAUGCCUCUGCAGGGUGCACAUAGGGGAAGUGGAAAACGGGGACGUGGACAACAGGGAAGUGGACAAUGGGGAAAAGGACAGCAUAGUUACGUACAUCAAGGAACUGGAUAUCAGGGACAGCCACCAUGGGGACAUGGCAGAAGAGGUGGAGGUAGAGGAGGAUGUGGAGAUAGGGGAGGAGGAGUUAGAGAAAGCGGAACUCAAAGAACUUAUCAUGAAAACCGAGAGGAGCAGAGGAGAGAGUAUGGCCAAGAGAGGAAGUUUGAGGGGGCAGGCAGUGGGGAAAUCCUACAGACCAAUCGCACACAAGAGGGUCUGAAGAUCAUUCUGAGGAAGGGAAAUAUCCAGGAGGAAUAUUCUGAGGGCAUCGUCAACACCAUCUCUGAGGAUUUGGACCUGAGUAAAGGUGCUGUGUCCAAUGCUAUCCUAAAGGCAGCCGGUCCUGGGCUCCAAUCAGCAGCCACAGAUGAGGCUCGCGCCAUCAGAUUGGCCUAUGGUGACGUUGUGGUCACCGACGGUUACAACCUGCGAUGUCAGAGGGUGAUCCAUACUGUCUGCCCCCAUUGGGACCAGGGAGCUGGCUCAGCAGAGAAGAUAUUGAUAACGAUGAUCAGAGAUUGCCUGAGUGAGGCAGAGAAGCAUAGGCUGGCAUCCCUGUCUUUCCCUGCCAUUGGAACUGGGAACAUGGGAUUCCCUAAGGGCCUGGUGUCCAAGCUUCUUCUGCAGGAGGUCAAAGACUUCAGCCAGAGAAGAAACUCAACACACCUAAAAGAGGUGGCCAUCGUGGUCCACCCCAGCGACACCCAAACUGUGAAUUGCUUUAUCAGGGAAUUCAAAGGUCAGACACAAGGGUAUACUUGGCAGAGUUCACAAGGUUCCGGCCAAUCACAACAUUCCAAAUCUUAUGUUGGCCAAUCACAACAUCCCAAAUCCUAUGUUGGCCAAUCACAGCAGCCCUCUGGCGCAGGCUUCUUUGGACAGGUGUCAUCCCCUUCUCUGGGUGUGUACAGCAUGCAGAUUGGUCACAUUACUUUUGAAGUGUCAUCAGGAGACAUCACCAAGGAGACCAGUGACGUCAUUGUCAACUCCUCCAAUAAGGACUUUAACCUCAAAUCAGGUGUAUCCAAAUCCAUUUUAGAAGGAGCUGGAUUGAAGGUGGAGUCGGAGUGCUCAGAGAUUGUCAAAUCCCCAAGCUUCCAACCGUGCAGGAUGAUCGUGACAUCAGCAGGAUCUCUCCCAUGCAAACACAUCAUGCACAUUGUGGGACAGAAUGACCCUGAGAUCAUUAAAGAGACUGUGUACAAUGUUCUCAAGAAGUGUGAGGAGCGAAAGUUCACCUCAGUGUCCUUCCCAGCGCUUGGAACAGGCCAGGGUGGGGCGAGUCCCUCUGCUGUUGCGGACGCCAUGAUUGACGCAGUGGUGGACUUUGUGAAGAAGAAAAACGGACAGUUUGUGAGAAGUGUGAAGAUCCUGAUAUUCCAGACUGCCAUGGUGACUGAGUUCCACAAGAGCAUGAAGAGGAGAGUGGGAGAAGGAGUGGAGGAAAAGGGCAUUUUAACCAGGUUAAAAGAUACAGUGACAACCUACUUUAUGGGACCCAGUGAUGAGCACUCUGCCCGUGAGAACUUUGUCAUGGAGGGAGAGGAGUUUGCCCCAACCGUGUUCCAGCUGUGUGCAGAGAGCCCCCAGGCUGUGAGCCGUGCCCGUGACUGGGUUAAAAACCUCAUAGUGAAGGAGCAAACUGAGAAAACCAUCAAGAACCCGUACAUCAGCCAGCUGAGCCAGGGGGAUGUAGAGAAGUUGCAGGCCAUGCAGAGGGAGCUGACGGUCAGGAUAUGCCUGGAGAAGAAGGGCCCCGACUCCCUGAUCCGCCUGGAGGGCCUGAGCCGCGAUGUGCUUACAGCAGACGACCUCAUCAGCAACAUGGUCCUGGACCAGGAGAGGGCAGAGAACCGCAGACAGGCAGCUUUCCUGGUGAGCAGCCUGGUGGAGUGGCAGUACAAAGACCACAGUGGGACAAUGGUGUCUUUUGACAUGUUCACCAACUACAUCCUGGAGGAGGCUGUGAGAGACAACAGCAAAGUGACAAUCAAGAUCAACAAUAAGGAUUAUGAGGCAAAUGUAGCCCACAAGAGAGCUGUCAAGAUUGGGGGCAGAAUAGAAAUUGAGUUACUGAGAAAAGACCUGAAAGACGAUACAUCUGCGUCUCUACCUGCACACUGGGAUGACAUGAAGGGUUCCCUCUUAAUGCUGGUUCCACUAACUCCAGGAUCCAAGGAAUACAAUGAAGUGGAGAAGGAAUUUCGGAAGACUUUGCUCACUGACACCAUCAUUACAAUUGAACGAGUCCAGAACGAUUCACUGUGGAAGAGCUACCAGAUAAGAAAGAACCUCCUGGAGGAGAAGAACCAGCACACAAACAACGAGAAACUGCUCUUCCAUGGCAUCAGUUCCAACUCCAUCACCCAGAUCAACAGCCAUGGCUUCAAUCGCAGCUACUCUGGAACACAUGGUGCGGCUAUUGGCAAUGGGUCAUACUUUGCUGUGGACUCCAGUUAUUCAGCAGGAGGAUAUUCUACAGCUGAUGCACAAGGGAACAAGCGCAUGUACCUGGCCAGGGUUCUUGUUGGAGACUACACUCUGGGACAAGAAGGCUUGAUCGUUCCUCCUGCCAAAGCUUCAGGGAAGGAUGACGAUUUGUACGACAGUGUCACAGACAACACCUCCAAUCCAACCAUGUUUGUGAUCUUCAAUGAUGUGCAGGCUUAUCCAGAGUUCCUCAUCACAUUCCAGUAAAUCAUAUUUAACUGUACCUUCAUUAGUAUAUCAAUACUUCACAACAAAUUCCAUAUGUCUGUGUAAAGGGUUUUAAUGGUAUGUGGGUUAGUUGUUAUAGCCAUGUCUGAGGUUAGACAUCCUUAGAGUAACCAGUGGUGUAAAGUACUUAAGUAGUACUUUAAAGUAUUUUUUACUUAAGUUUUUUUGGGGGGGGGUUUCUGUACUUUACUUUACUAUUUAUAUUUUUGUCAAAUUAUACUUUUACUUCACUACAUUCGUAAAGUAAAUAAUGUAGAGGAGACUGGGGAUGGUUGUAACACGGGACAGUUGUAACCCUUGCAAUUCCUCCAAUCAGGAGCGAGGUAGAAUCAUAUGAUUCCCUGUGCACAUGCUCAGUUUAGUCCUGAACCCUCAUGUGAAAAAGUCCUUGUGAUUACCUCUGGAGAUUCUAUUGACAGAAAUCUGAUUUUGAGGUAAGAAAGUAAUUAUUUUGAAAAACAUUGUUUUUGUAAUGCAUAAAGUGCUUUGUUGUUCCAUUCACCAAACUUAUAUCAGGUUUAUAACCAGUCUGUGUAGAGAUAUUUGAUGCAAGUUAGCAAUGCUAAAGUUUUAACAUUUUAGCUCAAAUGGAAGCUAGCUAAUGGCUGGAAGGGUCAGGGUUAGUUGUAACAACUGGAUAUUUUUGGUACAUGUUUUCUUUUACUUUCAGCAUGCCUAGAUCAUGGAAAAUAAAGACAGACAGGGGAGUACCUCUCCACACUUUGAAAAGAGCAUCAAAUUAUGUAACGGAGCAGGGGAAAUCAAUCAGAUCAGUUGCAAAGUUGUAUGGUAUAUGUCAUGUGAUGCUGUGCAGAUUCUGCAAAGAGAGAAGAAGCUACUGGAGAAGGGGUCGAGAGAGCUUGUAGGCUACCGUAGUGGAAAUAGGGUCUUCAUUGAUGAGCAGGAGCAGAAGUUAUCAGAGUAUCUCUUGAGGGCAGAUGAUUUAUGCCCACUGCUAUCCAGGCCACCUCUCCGGAUGCCUCCCAGCCCAGCUAUCCAGCUGCCUCCCAUGUCACCUCCAACUGCCUUCCAGGCCAUCUCUCCAGCUGCCUUCCAGAACACCUCUCCAGCCGCCUUCCAGGCCACCUCUCCAGCCGCCUUCCAGGCUACCUCUCCAGCUGCCUUCCAGGCUA